UUUCCAAAUUGUUUUCAAAAUCCCUCUUUUGAACGCUUUACAGAAUAGAUGACGGGAAGUAUAUGACAGUUUAUAUUGCUUCAUCGAAUAUGUGGCUGCUAUGUCCACUCUCUAGAGACAGGUUCCACUAAAAAUAGAAGAAUGCUGAAGAAUAAUUUUUCUUCUCACUUUUUAUCUAAAGGAAUGCUCACGAAUCUUAAAAUAACAGCUUAAAUCCCAACAUUUUUCUUCUUCUUCACAAAAGACCCUUUGGCUGCUUCAUCUCACCAUAUUUCAUUGCCGCAACCAGCUACUAGAGACACGCUGCAAAGAAACGAAGGGAAAAAAACAGGUUUCAGAGGAGGGCUGCGGCGUCGGUUUCAAUUUUCAAAGUACGACUAGGCGUUGGUUACGAUUUUCAGAGGCAAACUGCCCGGAGUGACAGACGGGCACCUAGGUCUUUCUGAUGGGGGACCUUGUCGUAAAGCCGCUGCGAAAUAUAUCUGAGUCCUUCAAAGCCCUUGCAGCCACUGUAAAUGCUGAAAAUACGACGGUCGAGGUUGCGCCGUUUUCUCGAGCCUGCUCCUUCAUUUCGCCUCUUUUUGGUUGCUUGGGCAUAGCAUUCAAAUUUGCAGAAAUGGACUAUGUUGCUAAGGUUAAUGAUCUCGUAGAAUCAUCUAAGUCAAUUGUAUCUCUACAAGCGUUGCUGGACAAAGAUAUUGAAUCUGACUGUGUCAGGAAAGCUGGUAGCCACUCGAGAAAUCUCUUGAGAGUAAAACGUGGGCUUGACAUGGUCAGAGUACUCUUCGAGCAAAUUCUAGUUACAGAAGGCAAUUCGUUGAGAGAUCCAGCUUCAAAAGCAUAUGCACAGGUAUUUGCUCCUCACCAUGGGUGGGCUAUCAGAAAAGCUGUUGGGGCAGGGAUGUAUGCUCUUCCUACAAAGGCUCAAUUACUAAGCAAGCUCAAUGAAGAUGAAGCCUCAGCCAGAAUUCUGAUGCAAGAUUAUGUGGCUGCUUCUGCUCCUGUGAUUCAGUAUGUUGAAAAGCUCUUCUUCUCCAGAGAUUUGGGCGUCGAUUGGUAAUAUAUCAACUACAUAUUAUUAUCUAAAUACUUUGAGCCCUGUAUAUGUAAUCUAUUAAUGUUUCUUGGCCCCUCACCCAGAAAAGAAAGAAGAAAAAAUAAAAAUGCAAUCAACUAGAAAUCUUUCUCUUGGCUUUUAUUGAACUAUUUGUAUCUUGGAGCGUUGGCCUCUUUCCAUUAAGAUUGAAAAAGAAAAAAAGGGAAAAUAAUGCCAUGGAUCAUAAUCACUUUGAAAUGUGAGUGAAUCUCCUUAAGAAAUUUCUAAAGAGUAUUAUUUGUGACUAA